UCUUCAUGAAAACCUACUUAGAGAAUUUCUUCAUCUGUGGACCCUUCUUUGUUAUGAUGUACAAGGAAAUCUUCUACAGCAUGGAUACUUCCAAAGAUGGCGUUCUGUCUUUGAACGAACUGCAAAAUGCAUUAGAGAAAACAGGCUUGCAUCUAAAUGAAGACAUCCUGAGUCUCAUGGUUGUGUGGUAUGGUGGUGCUUCAGAACAGAUCUCUCUGGAGGGUUUCAUUUGCCUUGUCAUGCGUUUGAACUGCAUGGCUAGAAUAUUCCAGAGACUCUGUGAAAGUGGGAAGAUAACUCUUAAUGAGAGUGAGUGGAUUGGACUCACCAUGUACUCAUGAGGGAACGUCUGUUUGCCAGGAGGUUUGCCAUCAAACGCAAGAACAGAUCGGCGGUUUAGGCAGUCGAA